CGUGCCUUCCCAGAUGACAGAGGUUUUCCGGAUGCCACUGGCCUUUCUCUAGUGAAGGACCCACGAGGCUUGUCUUGCUUCUGCUCUGCUGUAUGGGAAUUUCGCUGUCCACCCAUCAACUACAACCAGGAGUACUACGAAAAAUAAUCAAGGAACUAAAUUAUUCGUCUAGCAGACUUUUGGAAGAAUAUCGGAAAGAAGAGAAGGGAGUGCCGGAAUCCUACCAUUACACCCUGCCUUGUUUUACCCCUGAUGCCCAAUCGCCAAACAACUUUGACAGCUCAGCCGUCCUGAGACAUUUUCAGAAGAUCAGACCAUUUAGAGAAAACAAAGAUACUAUCGAUGAAGUCAUAGAACAACUUAAAAAACUCAAAUUUCGAGACACACAAGAAACAAAUGUUUCUGUGCCUACAGAUUUCUUUGAACAUAAAUGUUUUAUCUUGGCUAUUUUUAAACAGUUUUCAGCAUGCAUGGACAAAAUGCUCAAGUUGAUUCCUAAGGCCAAUUAA